UACAGCAGUGGAACUGCACCGGCUCUGAUGCUUGUGCUGAUUUCAGUGUGUUAGGACAAUGUUAAUCUAUGUGAGUGUUUUCUCUCCCCUCUGCCUGAUCUGAGUACACCUCAGCAACACCUUUUAGCCGAGGAAACUCUUGUUGGAAGGGUGUCCGCUUCUUGGACAGAAACACCCUCAGGAGGCAGCACAUCUCUCUUCAAGGGACGCUGCAUCUAGUCUUUAAGAAUGAAGUUCAACCUGUUCAGAAGGCCACAGGCCGUGGCAGCCGCCGAGCCCACCGGUGCCACCACAAUGACCAUGGCUCCCACCCAGGGUGCCAUCUCCACCUCCGCGCCGGAGAUCUCUGGCUCUGGCAAUAACACAGAGAUCAGCAAGAAUGACAUGUUUGAGGAGAUCAAGAGCAAAUUCUUGAAUGAAAUUGAUAAAAUCCCAUUGCCUCCGUGGGCUCUGAUUGCCAUCGCUGUGGUGGCCGCCUUGCUCAUGCUUACAUGCUGCUUCUGCAUAAUCAAAAAAUGCUGCUGCAAGAAGAAGAAGAACAAGAAAGGAAAGAAGGGAAAGGAUGGCUUCAACAUGAAGAACAUGCAGGGUGGAGAGAAACACCAGGACGAUGACGAUGACGAGGGAGAGACUGGACUGACGGAGGAAGAGAAAGAGGAAGAGGAGAAAGAACAAGAGAAACUGGGGAAGCUGCAAUAUUCUAUAGAUUAUGACUUUGAGAAUACAAAGCUCACCGUGGGUAUCCUUCAAGCUGCUGACCUCAUGAGCAUGGAUUCAGGUGGUACCUCCGAUCCAUACGUUAAAGUCCUGCUCCUACCUGAGAAGAAGAAGAAGUAUGACACCAAAGUCCAUAAGAAAACACUGAACCCUGUCUUCAAUGAGACAUUCGUAUUCAAGGUGCCCUAUGAGGAGCUCGGUGGAAAGACUCUGGUAAUGUCGGUUUAUGAUUAUGACCGAUUUUCCAAACAUGACGUCAUUGGUGAGGUGAAGAUUCCCAUGAACACCAUCGACCUCGGACGGCCGAUUGAGGAGUGGCGGGAUCUGGAGAGCGCCGAUCAAGAGGAGCCGGAGAAACUCGGAGACAUCUGCAUCUCCCUCCGUUAUGUCCCCACCGCUGGCAAACUUACCGUCUGCAUUCUGGAGGCAAAGAACCUGAAGAAGAUGGAUGCCUGUGGAUUAUCUGAUCCUUAUGUAAAGAUCCAGCUGCUGCAGGGGGGUAAGCGUCUGAAGAAAAAGAAGACUACAGUGAAGAAGAAUACCCUGAACCCUUACUAUAAUGAAUCCUUCAGUUUUGAAAUCCCUCUGGAACAGAUGCAGAAAAUCUUGGUAGCGGUCACAGUGUUUGAUUAUGACAAGAUUGGUAAGAAUGACGCCAUUGGAAAGAUCUUCGUGGGCAGUAAGGCGACUGGCCUAGGUCUGAAGCACUGGUCUGACAUGCUGGCUAAUCCUCGCCGUCCCAUUGCCCAGUGGCAUCCAUUGCAGCCAGAGGAGGAUAUCGAUGGUCAGCUGGCGUCCUUGGCUGCAAAGAAGUAACGUGCUCCACCAACCAGCUAACGCACUAACUCAGAAAUCCAACCCCUAUCCCUACUUUGCAUGAAACCCAUGACUUAACACAUGACUACUUGUCAUGAAACCUGCUCAGCAAAAAAGAGACAUCUUAGAAUAUCCGCUCAUUCAUGGUUAAGUCGAAAAAACUCUUUUUAAGCAUCACAUUUCACACAUUAGUGUAUGCUGAGAAGAGUGGCAUUGAGUUAUCGGGUGACUGGUUCAUGAAAGAUCGACUUUUGGUCUUUCUUUCAUUUGAAGAAACUUAGAAACUGAUUCUUAGGGUGCUGACACUGAACGAAAGUCUUGGUGAAGACAAUUCUGGAAAUAAAGCUUUAGUUUAGUUUAUAGCGCAUGCUUUACUUACCUCCCCAUUGCUCUGCAUACACCAUGCCCAGUAUUGUAUCUUGCUAAUAAGUGUGCUAUAACUUGCAAUAGAAAGUACUGUAGUAUUGGGUUAUUUCCUGCAUAGAGUCUGUUUAAGUCCAUCAAUGCAAAAAGAUUUAAUUGAGAAUGAAUGAGGCCAAGGUCACUGAACGCAGCAAUCCAUGUUCAAAUAUAUUUUCAAGAGAAAUCUACGUAAAUGAUUGCCUUUAUUUUAUGAUCUCACAUUUGAGAAGGAGGUACAGUACAGUAUUAUACAGUAUGGCAGUGACACCGUUGUCUGAUCUAAGUUGCUUGUUUUGUGUUGCCAUGGAGGCACAUCUAUGCAUUUAGGUUCAAAAUACAUUUCUGCAUCUACAGACAGAUCUAAUAUAGGACAGGAAUAUAAGGGUGCCUUUCCUGAUGUGACACUUUGAGAAAUACAUUAAGGUUAAUUGUUUUAUUUCAAAGGAAAACUUUGACAGAGUGAAUAUUCAAAAGUCAUCAGGGACUGAGAAUGUGCCAUUUGCAAUCUGUCUUGAGCUGUGUUGACCACUUGGAUGUAAAAUCUUACUUAUCUGUGGACAAAGUAAGGAUACCAGAAGGCUUACCAAUGAUGUUCAAACCAAUUAUGACUAUGCUUCUUUAAAUUGCUUCCUGCAACAGUGCCAUCUAAAUCAUUUUCUUUUGAUAUCCAUUGAACAGAUUAUAUGUCUUUCUUUGACAAAUGUUGAACCAAACAUACCUAGUGCACCUCUUCCUUUAUUAGCUUCUGGUGAAACAACAUGAGGAUUUCUGUCAAAGACGAGAUGUUUUUAUAGAGAAUCAGAUUUGAAAUGUGAGAUGUAGCUGCACUUUUUAAGAGAACGUGAAUUCAAGUACAAAAUGCAGGUUUGUAAAUCUCCACAGUGCUUCAUGAGACAUAUAAUACAAUAAACAUAUCUGGGACCAUUUGCUUGAACCGAACACAGCUGCAGAAUCUAGCAUGUAUCAUGCCUCACAGUAUUUCAUGUUGUUUGGAUCGCCCACUCAUCAGCCACACAAGCUUUGUAAACCUGGAGUGCUGCAACAUGGUGAUGUUACAACUUCAUAACAGACAUCCUGCUUUACUGUGAUGUGCACAGGUACGGAGGCAAAAAUAUGCCAUGAGGAUUUGAAUCGAAACCUAAUUGUGAAGUUUAAUCACUACUGAAUACUUAAUGCUGAAAUUUUAAUACCACUGAAUUAUACAUGGAGAAAUAUUUAAUCUUGAUAUUCAUGUGGUGGAUAUGAAAAUUCAGCAAUAAUCAAUCAAGCCUGAACCAAAUGAUCAGACCUUUGUCAUAUAACAGUGAGUUUUAACCAGAGGUGUUUGUAACGCUGGGGUUACUGGUAUGUUGAAAGACUGUGGAGUAGUGUAGCUAUUAUAAAAAAAGAGGGAGAGAGAGAGGAAGAGAGAUAGAAAAACUAUGAUUUGAUACAAAGAAAAAUGAAUAAAUCCCCACACUGUGCAUCUAUGAGUAAAAAAAAACACCAGUAACAAAAUAAUGAAUAGUAAGACAAGUAGUUUGUAUAAGAAAAUGACUGAAACGUGCAGCUUCUAUUACUUCAAGUGAUAAUGACACUGAUGAAACCAAACCUAAUGAAAAAAAAAGAAUAUAUUGAAACAGUAUAUACUUUAAUAUAACUAAUACAAUAAAAAUAACAGCCAGUUUAAAUGACCUAACCCUGAAGACUUAUUGAGACAGAUGAAACAUAAAAUUAAUAUUUUCAGUGGUAUUUAAAUGUCAACAUUAAGUAGAUUCAGUAGCGGUUGAAUUUAAUUUUUCAGAGUUAGGCGCUCCGUUGUGUAUAAAAUGAAUUACAGCCUUUCUUUGCUUCAAUAGGAGGCCAUAUUGUCACCAGAAUUAAAAUAAUUCUGCAGGAGGGUGAACAGCAGCACACUGAUUGGUCCAUUCACAAUACUACUUCUUCCUAUUGUUAACAUUAUGCAUCGCGCAAAUUUGUUGACAGGCUACGGCAUGUAUUUACAAGAUGAUGUAAAUAGUAGCAUGUUUUAAAGAGGAACCAUAAUUAUAUUGUGUAUGUGUGUUUGUGUUCUGUGUCAUUUUUGAUAAUAAAACGGAGUAAAAAAGAGUAUGCACUGACUGCAAAGUGUAUGUAUUUUUGCUGAAUGGGACUGAAUGUAUGUCUGAAUAAUCUAUGUUAAAGGUUCACAGGCUCCUUUAACGCCUUGAAUUAAAGCAGGGUUGCUUUAUGUAUCAUAUGUAAAAAUCCCACUUAGUUUGCCAUAAUGCUGCAUGACCGUCUGGUUUUCUGUCAUCGUUUGUAUGUGUCCUCUGUGCUGAACUCAGUGUUACAGUAGCGUGUGCUACAAGUCAUGUUCUGUCAAUUAUUGUUCAUUCCUGCUUGCACUUGUUAUACAGUGUGUCUCUUACCAGUAAACUGUAUAUAUUUAAAAAAGAAAGAAAAAAAAA